CGUAGCCACGCAAGUGUGUGUAUAGUGAAGUGAGUGUGUGAACCAGGAAAUCCUUAGGGGUUAUAGACGGUUAAUUUAGGCAGUGUCAUUAGAUAUAAGUUAUAAUGAAUCCAUCGAAAAGUGCAAAUGUGACGAUGAGCAAAUUGUAUGUCGGUAACCUCCCGAUUGACUCUGGCGAAUCCGCUUUGCGACAACUCUUUUCGGAUCACAAUCUUUCAUGUUCUGAAGUGUUGGUCAAACGUGGAGGAUAUGCAUUUGUCGAUUGUCCAGAUCAAUCCUCUGCAGAUAGAGCUAUUGAUAAAUUGAACGGCAUAAGUUAUAUGGGCAGCAUAUUAGUAGUAGAGCCUUCGGUAGCUACCUCGUCUUCUGGGAAGAAACGCGGUUCGGGCGGAAAUCUUCCAGAUUCGCCCUCGGAGCAAUUAGGCAAUGGUUGGAGGUAGGUAUUCUGCUCGUCGAUUAGUUGCACAUUUUAUUUUAAAUUUAUUGUUUAU